AUGUCAACAGAAGGAAGCGGAGAAACUCCCAUUGUGCCAUGUUUACCUGGGGCACCGGAGCAAACUUACCUAUUUCCGAAAGCAAAAGGGCACUCGAGAUCUAUAAGUCAUGGAGGGACACCUACUCUUGCGACAAAUCCUACAAUUGCCCGUCCUCCACUCAAGUCUGCAUUGCGGGGGCACCAGCGUGCCCUCUCACACGGGCAGAUCGGCGAGGGUGGACGGCCGUCGUCCGGUCCCGGCCACAGCCGUACCGGCAGUCGCACAGACUUUAUCCUGCCGCCAGGCCAUCGCGAGCCUCCCAUUGCCAGCGCACAGCCGCGUCUUGGUUCAGUACGGAUGCACCAUCACUCACGCCAAGCCUCGCGCUCAGAUUCUAUUUACACAAUUCGUCGCACCUCUGUUAUGAGUCCUUGGAGGAAAGCAGCAUUUUGGUUAUUAAGAAGACCACAACCAUCUGUUGAUAAUCGUCAUCUAAUAAUCACUCCCAACCACUUGGUGCCUGACAAAACACCUCUCAAGGAUCACCCAAAUGGUCAUAGAUGCGACAAUAAAAUUAGGACUACUAAAUAUACUCUACUGUCCUUUGUGCCUAAGAACUUAUUUGAACAGUUUCAUAGGAUUGCAAAUGUGUACUUUAUAUUCAUAGUGUUGUUGAAUUGGGUGCCAGCAAUUAAUGCAUUUGGUAAAGAAAUUGCUAUGCUGCCAGUGUUGUUUGUGCUCGGUGUGACUGCCAUCAAAGACUUGUUUGAAGACCGCAGAAGACAUAUGUCUGAUAAAAGAAUAAACAACUCUUCUUGUAGAGUGUUCAAGAAGUAA